GUCAGGGGUGUCCGGCCACUGCGCGCGGGGCGGAGGCAGCGGCCUGCAGCGAUCUCGGCGUGCCAUGCGGUGACCGCCAUGGCCGCGGCCGACGAACUGGCUUUCCACGAGUUUGAGGAAGCCACCAACCUCCUGGCCGAGACCCCGCAUGCAGCCACCAGCAGCGCAAGCAGUGACCAGCGGAGCCCGCAGGGGCACGUGGCCGUGGCCAUGGGCGCCGGGGACGGCUUUGGAGCCGAGGAGGAGGAGGGGGACCGGGCAGCGCUCCUGCAGGACCAGCCGCAGCCCGGGUUCUGGACGUUUGGCUACUAUCAGGGCUUCUUCGACGUGGACACGGCACAGGUCCUGGACCGCAUCAAAGGAUCGCUGCUGCCCAGGCCCGGCCACAGCUUUGUCCGGCACCACCUGCGGAAUCGGCCGGAUCUGUAUGGCCCCUUUUGGAUUUGCGCCACCUUGGCCUUCGUCCUCGCUGUUACCGGCAACCUGACACUGGUCCUGGCCCAGCACAGAGACCCCUCCAUCCACUACAGCCCCCAGUUCCACAAGGUGAGCGUAGCUGGCAUCACCAUCUACUGCUACGCCUGGCUGGUGCCGCUGGCGCUGUGGGGCUUCCUGCGCUGGCGCAAGGCUGUCCACGAGCGUGUGGGCCCUUACAGCUUCCUGGAGACAGUGUGCACCUACGGUUACUCGCUCUUUGUCUUCAUCCCCACAGUGGUUCUGUGGCUUAUCCCCGUACCGUUGCUGCAGUGGCUGUUGGGGGCCUUGGCGCUGGCCCUGUCGGCUGCGGGGCUGGUGUUCACGCUGUGGCCUGUGGUGCGUGAGGACAGCCGGCUCGCAGCGGCCGCACUGCUGUGCAUCGUGGUACUGCUGCACGCCCUGCUGGCCCUGGGCUGCAAGCUCUACUUCUUCCAGCCACUACCUCCCCAUGUGGCAGUACCACCUGCGGCUACGUCUCCUCCCCCGGGGAAGCUAUCCUCCACCUUGGCCCGAGUGGCAGCUACUUCCUAG